AUGUCAACGGUACCGGGCCAACUAGCCAACUUGAUGGCCGGUUACUUGCUUCGCCGGUUGACUAGCAUUACGGAGACUGUCAGUUCCUACCUCGGACCGCCACAAACAUCGUCGUUACAGCAGCAGCAGCAGCCGCCGCAAGGCCAGAAGGAGAAAGAAUCCUGUCUGAUGAGCUCGUUGGAGGCGAAUGCUGACAAUGGGCCCAUGAAGAAGGCAUGUCUUGGAAGAAAAGCCUCGCAGGUAGGGUACGUAUUGGGUCUCCCCCACAUGUGCAGAAGUUUUGUUUAAAACUGAAUCACUGCUGAGAAGUUUAUAUCAUCUGGGCUGCCGUCUGCAUGCGGGGGGCCGCAGAUAUCACUGUCAGUUUGCUUCGAAAUUGCAGCUUCCUGCCCGAAACCGUGGUCGUUUUGACACUGAACUCACCUGAAUUCACUAACCGGAAGACAAAUGGUGCUUUUAAAUGCUUUGUUAACCUCAAGACAUCAGGACGCGCGGGCUGCGAAAAAUGUUUUAUCGAUUAGUUCUAGCUGGAAGAGACAACUGCGAUGCCAGGGAAGAUACACCACACGCACGCGCGCGCGCCCGAGGGCCGAAUCCUGGAUCCAGGGCACUCAACUCGGAGCCCCUGGGGAUCUGAAAGAAGAGUGUCGGUGGUAGAGCCGGUUAAGACAUAACUGUGUAUGACGUCAUCUUCGUGGAGGCGUCGAUUUCGACAGCAUUUUUACAUGGAAUCGUCAGCGAAGUCGGCGCGACCGCCAGACUGAAAAUUUGCCGCAACCAGCAGAGCAACUUUGCAUCACACGUGGAUCUGCACCGCCUGCAAACAGAACCCCCCCCCCCCCCCCCCCC